AUGAACUCCCGGCCUCCUCGCUCCUGCCCGGCUCCGGCCGAGGCCUCCCCGCUGCCGCGGCACUGGGAAAGCGGGGCGCCAGCGAGUUGUCAAGCCGGGAGCCCUUUCCGGGCUGCCUUCUCGCUGACAAAGAUCCUGGAGGCGACGUCUGCUGUAUCAGCCCAGGUGGAAGAGCUUGCGACCAAAUGUUCUGAAAAUGCCAGAUUUCUUAAGACAUGGCGGGACCUGCUGAAGGAGGGGUAUGAUUCCCUGAAACCCAGCGAGUAGCUGGGCCGUCAUGGAAAAAGUGGGAACUUCUGCUGCCUGAUGAGGGAUGUUGAGAGGGGAGUCAUCCCACAGUAUUUACCUUUUGCUGACCGUGCCUUGUGACAGUAGAGCUUGAUUGGCAUCAUACCACGUUGUCUGCUUAUAUUAGACUUGAAUGUGUUACUGCACACUGUGCCUAGUUUUUUUUUUAAAACAACUUUUUUAGCGAUUUCACAUGGUGAGUUUAUUUUUUCAUCAACAACUCAUUUUGAGCUAGAAGAGAGUUCUUUGGAAAAUACUUGUAUGUGUACCAAAACUAUGUAUAAGUUUCUGAGUAAAAUAACUUUGUUCAGGGGAGUUAUCAGUUGUAACUCUUGGACUCCUCCUUUGCAGCUCAGGUGAUCUCAUAUGUGAAAGAACUUUCAUUUUUUGCUAAUAUAAUGGAGACAAAGUUAACUUGUAAGGUACAUCUAGAACUCACCAGCUGUGGGGGGGAGUGGUAGCCCAUGAAAAUAUAGUCAGCCAUCCUUUUAAGAACUUUGACUGUGCUAGAAGAAGCCCUCUUAGCUCCAGGGAAACUUGUCGAACUAAUUUUUCUUUGUGCAUGCUUUUUCUUCAGGUUGAGGAUGGGAUAAUAUGGCUA